UGGCCGCUCUGCCGCGGCGCAGGUACACACAGGUCGGGCGGUCAGUCUCGCCACGGAGUUCGUCAGUCCGACCACGGAUUGGCAAAGGGGGAGAACGCAGUGUUCGCGCGAUCUCUCGUACCAUCCGCUCUCUCUCUCUCUUUAUAUCUCUCUCGCUCUCUCCCGAGAAUUUGCCUCGCGUAUAUCUUGCUCGGAUCGACGCAACGCGGGAAGGAAGGAUCGAGCGACGACAUGGUCGCGUGAUAUUUAUCGUUAAUGCGACUGGUUGGAAACGGGAGAAGGGGAAACAAGGAUAUCGGAGGCGUCGAGUGAAGAAGAAAGGCGGGAGAGGCGAGGUUGGUUGCAGCCAGGCGGAAAGGGAGAGAGUAAUUGUCAGCUUACCGAUUGUACGGGGGGCUGCUGCAUCUGGCGCACAAAAGCACAGCUUGCGCACUGUUACGCCGCGUUACCGAGCUACUUGCGCGAACCACUGAACUGUGCCGCUCGGUCAUCCCUGCCAGUCGAGAGCUUUCGUGCGAAGUGUUUACUUCGUCGCGCGGCCAAACAUACACGUUGCUCGCUGUCCCCGUUUUUCGUGUGCUUCUACUUCUUACUUCGUGCGCUUCCCUCGUAUCGACAUCGUAUUCGUUUAUCGUCGAUUAUUAUAUAUAAAUAUAUAUAUAUUCGUCUUCGUCUUCGCUUCGUUCGUUCUCUCUCUCGCGUUGCCGCGCGUUUGUUCCUCGAUCCCCUGCCGAUCGAUCGGUAACAGGUUAUCGGUUAAGCUGGUGACCAGCUGGGUGAUAUUCUGUGCUGCGUUUCGAACUGUGUCUAACCUCGUGUCUAACACGCGACACCUACGUAAUCGUAGUCUCGGCGUGAAUGUCUCGUUAAUCAGUGAAUCAAUCAGAUUUUUUUUCCUUUCCCCGCGUUUAAUCGUGUUCAAACAACGUGAAGAAGGCAACACUUGCUCCUCGCGUGUGCGAAGAAAGUUCAAAUUUAUACGAAUUCAUUUCGUAUCUUGUUCGAUUCGAGUGCGGUGAAAUGAGAAAGACUGUCCGCCCGUCUUUCUGAGCCUCGAUCUUCCUCGAACGACCAAAGUGUGCGCGCCGCUCCCUCCCGCAGGAUUGGAACCGCGCGUCCGUCCAAGAACGGGACACCUUUGUCCUCCUUCGUCCGGCGUGGUGGCGCGCGCUAAAUGCCAUCGUUAACGACUCGUCGUGGUAGCGCGCGCGACACGGCGAGCAUCGUCGCGUGAGGGAGGGGAGAUCCGAUUCGUUUUUUUUGGUGAACCGUUGUGCGGCAAAGUGACCUCCUCAAAGUGCAACGACGACAACACCAUACAGCCUCGCGACGUGAUCGUCAGCAUCAAUGAUAAACGGAAUCAGAGCAUCGAACUGAGAACGAUCGCUGACCUCUCCAACGCCAAAAAUAAUAGUUCUACCGAGUACGCGGAUCCCAAUAAACAGAUUCUGACCACCAGUCUGACGUGUCACUAUGCUGCAGUGAUGGACGGCGAGGGCACGCUGGGCCGCGGUCACGGGAACGGGGGCCGUGGGCUGCGCCGUCAACGGUCCCUAGAAUGGAGAGAGAGGCGCGGUUACGGGCCCAGUGCUCAAUCGAGCAGCGACGACGAGGAGAAUUCCCGUCACGCCGUUGGCGCCGCGUCUGUUUCGUCCGCCGGUAGAGGCGCUCGCAGCCCGGGCCAGGUCUUCGCCUCCCUCUUGGCGCAACAGUAUGGAAGUGUUGGUGACCGAUCGUAUCGCACGGGCUCGGACACAGAGGGCGCAGCGACCACCGAUAAUCCGACAACGCCGUUUCCAACGCCACCACCAACUUUGACGCCGAAUCAUCGACAGGCGUCUCCGUUUCCCCUGGAGAAUACCAACUCCCGCCGGCAUCAUUACAACGGGAGCAUAUCAUCGGAGAGGUCCCGCAAUGGCAACGGUGAAACGGUUUAUGCGGCGCCAUCGAAAAAGACGAGCACCGGUGGAGGGACCUUGGGGCGACGAACGCGGCGAGGUCACACCAGUGCUUUGAGCAGCAGUUCCACUGCUAGCGAUCGUUCCGAAACCGUCUUCCCAGACGAGCAUUCUCGCAUGCAUCUUACCAAUGCUCUGUCCAGGCCCAUUUACUUCACAGACACUGGUAGAGAUUCGCCGCCAGAGCCAGCGCCACCAGAAGUGCCGCCGCGUGGACCGUCUUUGCAUGCGACUCUGCGCACGCAGCAAAAUCGAAAUGGAUGUCCGCCGAACGCCACGGGAAACUUCGCUGUGCCAACCGAUCAAAUGCAGACGGAAAAAUAUUCGGAGUACUUGAUGUCGGGGAAUCCACGCAACUACCCGGCCCGCUCCCCAGGGGUCGCUUCCACUCCGACCGUAACCAGGCUUCCUCCGCCGCAGCAGCAGGUGACAGUCGGCUCUCUGGGUGGUGGUUUGGGGGCAGCCGCUGGAAAUGGUGGUACAGGCACGGUGGGCGCCCAAGGUCAAGCCAUGGUAAUGCCAGGAUUUCCACUUCGCGCUGCAGCGGUGCCGCAUUAUUCACCGUAUUCGCCGUCACGUUUUCACAUCGACAAACGGUGCCAGCACAGAUGCUCCUGGAAGUGUUUCUCGAUUGCACUGAUCCUCCUCGCUGUUGCGCUCACAGCGAUGCUGGCUUACUUCGCCACAGUGAGCUCGAUGCGGCCGAUAGACAGCACGAAAUGCGUGGUGGUCCAAGACGUGAAGGCUGUCACUCAUGAGAACGCGCACGUUCACGACCCGAUAUCAACGCAAAUACCCACCGAAGAGUCGUUACCGACAAGCACUGCGGAGCACUCGAGUGCGUCGGACAGCGCUGGGGACCAACAGAGCGAUCCUCAGAUUCAGCAAUCAGCCCAGCAAUGGCCGGCGGUGCUCGAGCUCCAGGCGUACAACGUGGCUCACUCGGCCAUGAUCCCGCCUUACCAUUUCUGGAACACUGAGUUCCGGAACAAGCAGCCUGCCUUCAUCCGACUGAAUCUUACUCUGCCCUGGGGCGCGAACUUUGCCGUCUACGGGAGGCGAAAUGUCGCGCCAAGUGUCACGCAGUAUGAUUUUGUGGAAUUUGUGAAAGGUGGUAGAGUGGAUCACAGGUUGAAAAGAGAUACCAGUUCGGAGGCGGUCAGUUUCAUGAAAACGGCGGCGACAGAGGCUCGAUCUGGUGACAGUCGCUCGUACCAACAUGUGCUGAUCAAGAGAACGAUCGUGGAACCGAUGAUGGUGAACGUUAGCUUGCUUCAGUAUCUGGAUACUGGACGUUGGUUCCUUUCGGUGUAUAACGAUGAGUUGCAGCCAUACAAGGUCACCCUGGUCGUGACCGAAGCCGAGGGUGUAUCGACAACCUGCCCGAACGACUGUUCUGGAAGAGGAUCCUGUUAUCUUGGAAAAUGCGACUGUAUCGAUGGGUAUCAGGGAGCCGAUUGCAGUAAAAGCGUGUGCCCGGUACUGUGCUCGUCUCACGGACAAUAUGGUGGCGGUAUGUGCCAUUGCGAAGACGGCUGGAAAGGUGCCGAAUGUGAUAUACCAUUAGGAGACUGCCAAGUUCCUGAUUGCAAUCAACACGGACAGUGUGUUAGAGGAUCUUGUGUAUGUAAUCCUGGAUGGAAAGGCGGUUUCUGCGACGAACCUGAUUGUCCUGAUCCGAACUGCAGUGGCCACGGCGCAUGCGUUGCCGGUAAAUGCUAUUGCAAAGCAGGCUGGCAGGGUGAAAGGUGCAACCAGGUCGAUCAGCAGGUGUACCAAUGCCUACCCCGUUGCUCUGACCACGGCACGUACGAUCUCGAAUCCGGAAGCUGCGUCUGCGAGGGACACUGGACCGGUGUCGAUUGUUCACAACCAAGCUGUGGCCUCGAUUGCGGGCCGCACGGAACCUGCGAACAGGGUCUUUGCAAGUGCAACGAUGAUUGGACUGGCACGAAAUGUGAUCAGAAACCGUGCGAUCCACGAUGCGCGGAACAUGGCCAGUGCAAGAAUGGAACUUGCGUGUGCAGUCAAGGAUGGAACGGACGACAUUGCACGCUGCCUGGAUGCGAGAACGGAUGCAGCCGGCACGGACUGUGCACUCUGCAAGAUGGCGAAUAUAGUUGCGAGUGUUCAACCGGUUGGGCAGGCAGGGAUUGUAGCAUACGAUUGGAAAUGGAAUGUAAUGACUUUAUUGAUAAUGAUCAGGAUGGCAUGAUGGACUGUUCUGACAGCGAGUGUUGCUCGCACGCAGCUUGCGCAGAGCAUAUCAUGUGCCUUACUAGUAAUAAUCCCGUGGACGUCCUUCUGCGUAAACAACCGCCCAGCGUGACCGCGUCCUUUUAUCAACGCGUGAAAUUCCUCGUUGAGGAGAACAGCGUACAAAGCUACGCUCAUAUGAACGAGUACACCGAAAGUACGUUCUGGAGUUCCUUUACACCGCGUCGAGUUGCGGUGAUGCGAGGCCAAGUUGUAACCGAACAAGGAAUUGGAAUAGUAGGCAUCAGGGUAUCCGUGGACAGAGACCCCCGCUUUGGAUUCACAUUAACUAGAGCUGAUGGAUGGUUCGAUGUGUUAGUGAACGGUGGUGGUGCGGUAACGCUUCAGUUUCAACGUAGCCCCUUCAAACCCCUCACGAGGACGGUGUUCGUGCCAUGGAAUCAAAUAGUGGUCCUGCCACCUGUAGUGAUGACUCUUAACGAAGAAGACGAAUCUCCUAAAUCCAACCAACCACCUAGUCCAGCUGUUGGCUUCCCAGGGAUAUCGAUGGGACUAUUUAGCGAGCACGGGCCAUGCUUGGAGCAUGAUCAUGAAUUAUUGAGGCCAAUCAUCGUCAGCACCUGGAUGCCAGAGAAGGUGGGAGGUCUUCCGGGCAAAAGUUUGGUAUUCGCUGAAAGUCAGAUCGUCCAAGAAAGCAUUGCCAUUCCGGGCUCGAACUUGCAUUUGAUGUAUCAGAGUAGCCAGGCGGCCGGCUAUUUAUCGACUGUUAGAAUGCAAUUGACUGGACCGUUCAUCCCAAAGUCGCUGACACAUGUGCACGUGCACGUUGAAAUUGAGGGGUCAUUGCACGCGAAGACCUAUGAAGCAGACCCAAAUUUGACACACACAUUUGCUUGGAACAAGAGAAACGUUUAUAAACAGAAGGUGUACGGUGUGGCACAGGCAAGGAUCUCCAUAGGCUAUCAACAUUCCACUUGUCCAGCAGUGAUUUGGGAAACGCAGACAGCCAUGUUGCAAGGUUUCGACGUCGAUAUUUCGGACAUUGGAGGCUGGGGAUUGGACAUUCACCAUCACUACAACUUUCACGAAGGAAUACUUCAGAAAGGAGAUGGUACCACUUUGCAUUUUAAGCAGUAUCCUCGCACGGUGAAAGUGGUGAUGGGCACUGGACUACAAAGAAGCUUGGUGUGUCAAGAUUGCGAUGGUUUGGCUAAAGAUGUUAGGCUAUUAACACCAGUGGCGCUCACUAGUGGUCCAGAUGGAAGCAUUUAUGUUGGUGAUUUCAAUCUAGUACGCAGGAUUACACCUGAAGGGGAAGUAUAUACUGUUUUGACAUUAAGCGCAACUCAAGUGGCUUAUGCUUAUUAUCUCUGUGUUUCUCCUGCGGAUGGCCAUUUAUAUAUCAGUGAUCCUGAAAAACAUCAAAUAUUGAGAGCUUUAUCUCUAAAAGAUGUCGAGCAUCCCAGUAUCAACAUUGAACCUAUAGUUGGAAGUGGAGAAAGAUGUAUUCCUGGUGACGAAAGUCAUUGUGGCGAUGAAGGUCCAGCUAUUCGCGCCAAAUUGGCUCAUCCAAAAGGAAUCGCCAUUGCCGCCGAUAAGACUAUGUAUAUCGCUGAUGGAAGGAAUAUACGUGCCGUAGAUCCUCAUGGAAUUAUUCACACAUUAGUUGGACACCACGGACACCAUAAUCAUUGGUCCCCAGCUCCAUGCGUUGGUGCUAUACCUGCUCAUCAAGCCCAAUUACAAUGGCCAACUGGAUUAACCUUAAGUCCUCUGGAUGGAUCUCUUCAUUUCAUCGAUGACAGGCUCGUUUUGAAACUUACAAGCGAUUUAAAAGUUCGCGUAGUAGCUGGAACACCACUCCAUUGCACCAGUAACACCAAUAGCAAUGGAAACAGUAACGACAAUGAUCUAAAAAAAGUAAAUUCGACGACAACCACGAAUCCAAAGAAGUCUGACGAAGUACUUGGUUCUGUACUUGCCGUUAGUUUUAGUCCAACUGGUGAACUCUACAUAGCAGAAAGCGAUUCACACAGAGUGAAUUCUAUCAAAAUUGUAGAUAGUUCUGGGAAAAUGUCUCAUUUUGCUGGACAACAACAAGAAAGAUUGCGUGGUCAGUGUGAAUGUAAUAAUACUACUCCAAGCAGUAAAGAUCUGGAAAGUUGCGCAUGUACCGAUGACACCAGUAGUACAGAAACUUUGUUGUCAUCGAAUGCAAAAUUCACAGCCAUUUCUGCUUUGGCUGUGUCACCAGAUGGUGUCCUUCAUGUGGCUGAUCAAGGUAGUCUGCACAUUUUAGCUCUGCAACCCUAUCUUCCAAAUCAUGAUGAAAGUGGGGAAUUCCAUAUUCCUUUCCCACCAUCGAACGAGGUAUAUGUAUUCAAUCGUUACGGUCAACACAUCUCCACGAAGGAUUUAACAUCUGGCAAGACUCGUUAUUCGUUCUUGUAUAGCAAAAACACAAGCUUUGGAAAAUUAUCUACCGUGACGGAUAGUGCCGGAAAUAAGAUUCAAUUCUUGAGAGAUUACAGCAGUGUGGUCAGUUCUAUAGAGAAUACACAAGAUCAUAAGUCUGAAUUAAAGAUUUCUGCAGUUGGCUUCUUGGAAAAACUCUCCGAACGAGGAAGAGCUGAAAUUGCACUUGCCUAUGAUGGUUCAACUGGAUUACUGACAAGCAGAUCAGGAGGUGGUGAAACAUACAUCUACAAUUACGAUAACUUGGGUCGUGUUACUGAUGUCAUUCUACCUACUGGUGAAAAAUUGAAGUUAUUCUCGGAUCUAUCCGACGACGAAGGUCUGUUGGUCAAAGUAUCAGCCCCGCUUCAAGCUUUGUCAAAGGGAGACAAGCAGAGAAUCGUAGAAUUUAAAAUGAAAAAUGAGAGAUCAAAGAUGUUAACGAUUAUUGAUGGUACCAAAAUCAAGAAAGCGAUCGCUUUCACUAACAGCAGUUUAGAGGUUCUCCUUCCUGGUGGUGGUAGAGUAUUAAGUGCAGCUACUACAAAACAUCCUCUUCUAGAAGCUGCAUUACCAGUCGAGGCUGAAAUGUUGCCAAUGUGGAGUUAUCAGUUGAUGUCUCUUGGUGAAUUAACCAACACUAUGACCACUACGUAUAACCUAGUCGGCGAUGUUAGCCAUUUUCAACAAACAUUAAACAGAGAGAUUUGGGUGAAUGAUACACGCGUUAUUGGGGUAGAAUUCGAACAAGCUUUCAGACGAGAAACUUUCUACGAUAAAGCGAGAAAUCCACUGCUCACUGUUACCUUCGAUCCUGCUGGCUUACCCCUGACUUGGCAACCGCAUGAACAAGGUUACAAUCUCACAAUCACAUAUGAUAGAUUCAAUCGAAUAGAAAGUUGGAAGUGGGGUCCAUCCGAUGAAUCUUAUGGAUACGAUCGUCAUGGACAAUUAUCAGAGGUCACUAGCAGUCAGGAUGGAACUAAACGAUAUACCUAUAAUGAUUUCAAUGUGCUAUCCAACAUUACUCUGGCCAGUGACAGACAUUUCACUUUACAAUAUGAUGAUGAUGGUGGACUACGUCACAUUAUCCUCCCAUCAGGAACUAAACACUCGUUUUCAUGUCAAACUUCUCUAGGUUUUCUUAGAGUGACGUACACUCCGCCAGGCAGCAGUAGAGCCUACCUCCAACACUAUAGUCACGACGGAAACUUGUUACAAACUGUGUUCCCUGGUGAUGGAGCUCGUAUCGUGUAUAGAUACCACACUUCAGGACAACUUGCUGAAGUCGUUCACGGUGAUGGAAAGAGUGAAAUUAGAUAUACAGAAAGCGGUUUGCCUUCGGAAGUGAUUCAUUCUGAAAAAGACGUAGAAUACAAAUGGGAUUAUCAAUACAGCGCUGGUCUAUUAGUGGAGGAACGCAUAGAUUUCGGUGCAAAGACUGGACUGAGCAAUGCAAAGUUUACGUUCGAUUAUGAUUCAAACUUCAGAUUGGUAAAUGUUCAAGGUAGAAUCGGUGGUCAAACUCUUCCAACUCACACUAUAGCGUAUAGUCCCAAAACAGGUAUGCUGGAACAAAUUGGACAAUUCAAAGUAACAAGACCUCAGCCCAACGAGACCACCGUGUUCGAUGGAACUGCAUUGUUUUCGAGAAUUACGGAUGACAGAUUUUUAGAGACACAAGUGACAUUGACAAUUCACCAAUUAGAGGUUUUCAGAAUGGAAUUUACACAUGAUACUCGCGGUCGUAUUAAUCAGACUAGGACUUAUACUCGCAAUGUAGCUGUCAAUACUUAUACCAACGUGAAGAAUUACACCUGGGAUUGUGACGGCCAAUUGACUGGGGUCGAAGCCCAAGAGCCAUGGGGAUUUAAAUACGAUGCGAAUGGAAACAUGUUGUCAUUGACAUAUCGAGGAAACACUAUACCUAUGGAAUACAAUAGUAUGGAUAGGAUUGUAAAAUUCGGUGAAGGAUUGUAUAAAUAUGAUAACAGAGGUUUGGUAGUGCAAAAUGCUAGAGAAGAAAGAUUUAAUUAUAAUGCUAAAGGACUUUUGGUUCGUGCGACUAAACGUGGACGCUUUGAUGUUCGUUAUUAUUACGAUCAUCUGGAUCGUUUGGCUACAAGAAAGGAUAAUUAUGGAAACGUUACUCAAUUCUUUUAUAACAAUCAAAAACGUCCUCAUGAAGUAAGUCAAAUUUAUAGCCCAAGGGAUGGAAAAUUAAUGUCAUUAGUGUACGACGAUAGAGGACAUUUGAUUUAUGCUCAAGUUUAUCGGCAUAAAUAUUAUAUCGCCACUGAUCAGUGUGGAACUCCAAUCAUGAUUUUCAGCCAGUAUGGCGAGGGUAUCAGAGAAAUUAUGAGAUCACCUUAUGGACAUAUUGUUUACGACUCGAAUCCUUAUUUAUAUUUGCCUGUUGAUUUUUGCGGGGGAUUACUAGAUCAGGUAACGUCAUUAGUGCAUAUGCCAAAUGGUAAAGUUUAUGAUCCACUGAUAGGUCAGUGGAUGUCUCCCUUGUGGGAAAAUGUUCUCGAUAGAGUAGAUACACCGACACAUCUACAUUUAUACAGAUUCAAUGGGAAUGAUCCUAUUGAUGUUAGGCACACGGACCGACCAAAUCAACCAACUGAUCACAUAUCAUGGAUGUCGCUUCUUGGAUACGAUUUGAAGACUCUCGCACCUCAACUUUUCCCCGACGAACUGCCAGAUAGCCUCGUUCCUCCAGCUUUGGGUCCAGGCACCUCCAUAUUUGGAAAGAAGAAAAGAACCAGAAACCUCGGUGUUCAAUCGGGAUUUCUAGCCUAUAUCGCACAAAGGCAUUCCGGAGAUGCCGUCAGUUUAUCAGCACCGCCUCGUUCAGCCCUUAAAAAGGACACCAGCGACUUGAUACCCAGCCGUCUGGGUGCAGCCUCGGAUCCUCCAUUUGGAAAAGGAAUUUUAGUAUCGAGGACUGCAGAUGGCCAAGCAGUAGUGUCCAGCGUGCCAACCGCGAACGCCAUCUAUGGCGAUGUGUUCACAUCGGUAUUUAACCGUUCGUACUUUCUACCUUUCACGUUUGUAGUGCACAGUGCGCAACAGGACGCAUUUUAUUUCGUGAAGGAAGAAACGUGGCGAGCUAGUGAAGAUCGUGGUCAGUUGAAACGUUUAGGUGGCCAAGUCAAUACAACAUUUCACGAAAACGAAAACGGAAGUGGCAGUAGUUCAUUGAUAGACGUGAAGAUCCACGGUUCCAGUUAUAUUGUGAAUUUGCGUUACGGCACAACUGCCGAGAAAGAGAAACAAAGACUGCUCCAUCACGCCAAGGCGACCGCUAUUCGCAAAGCCUGGCACAGGGAACGUGAGGCGCUAAAAGCCAACACGCCAACGGCCAUCGAAUGGAUGGUGGCCGAACAAGACGAGAUUCUGAAAUCUGGAUCCGCGUCCAAUUACGAGGGUGAAUACAUCCAUGAUGCACAGUUGUAUCCAGAACUCGCGGAAGACCCGUAUAACAUCCGAUUUACGAAGAAGGCUGUGGAUCCGUCUAGUAAAAAACGGCGUAGGAGGAGAGGUGCUCCCACUUGUAAACUUUGGUGGUUGGACAAAAUCUGCUAAUCUCAUUAAGUUACCGUUCUAAACCAGGGAGUCCUCCUCUCCUGAUACAUUCUGUUCUGCCGGGAGAAUUGUCCAAUCGUUGAAGCAACAGGAAUUUCCAAACGAACGACUGAACGAAUAAGAAGAGGUUGAAGAAUGGAUCGAAAAAAAAAAAGAAAGAAAGAAAUAAGAUUGAGCCGCAGCAAGUCGGCAGUCCUUCGUAUGGAACACUACCGAACACUAUCAAAAGAAACAAAAAAAAAAAAAAAGUUUUAUACCAAAGUCUAUUUGUGUAUUUCGAAGAUGCCAAAAACAUUUAACGUUAUAUCGAUUAUAUUGUAUCGCGAUUUAGGGUGUAGUGUGUAAGCAUCUCGGAGAAAAUUUUUGCCUCCGCGCACGACCGUAUUGCCAUAACUCGCGACUCUUGCGGACUGAUAGUAUAUUAUCGUCGUCGGCCAUAUUAGGGAAAUUCGUUAUUAAUUCGUUAGGAAGCCUUUCGUUCUUGCAACAGUUACGGAAAACGACAGAGGUCGCGACGAUUUCAUCGUUUCCCUCUUCGCGAGAUAAGGAAGACUUCCUUAACGAAAACGAUCGUGGAAUCACGGAAAUUAUGUGCAUUCACUAUCGUUAACUCGUAACGAAUCACUAUGUCGUUAAAAGAAUGACGAAAAAUGAAGGCAGAAAACAGGGCAUUCGUCGUUCGAGCGAAUCGAGUGAGAGAAACUAGUCAAUAUAUAGCUUUACAUUGACAUAUAAACUUUUUCCAAUAAGAUAAGCAUAUGAAGCGCGAUCGUCGAUUUAUCAUGCGAAAGAAACAAACUUUGUGUAUCCAUCUAUCUGUCUACACACGCGAUACCUUAGUUGUACUUAGGUAAUGAAAAAAAAGAUAUAAAAAAAAUUAAUAAAAAAGACGAUUCUGUCGAGAUAAGACAUACGAUAGGAACGAACAUAACCUAUGUACGGAUCGCAAAUAAAAGCGGAAGGAACAUGCGCACGUGUAUCUCGACAAUGAAUGGCCCUGUAAAUGCUGAGGAAAAUCAAGUAAAAGAAGUCCGUCGCUAUGCAUAACGAUUGAUCAGCGUCCAAAGUGUCGAUGAAACAUUGCAAGAACGCGAGAUGAUGGCGAAGUAAGUGGUUCGAUCGAGACAGGUGAUUAACGUAGCACGUUUCGAAUCGAUAUUCCGAAUUUAGAUGGUCGAUGGGGCAAAAAAAAAAAGAGAGAGAGAGAGAAAAUGGCGAUGUGUUUAAGGUGUAUUAUAAAAGUGGUGCUUUUCCAUGCAAAGAAAGAAAUUAUCGGUGCAACAUUCGACAAUGAGCGUGACUAAUUAAAAGAAUGUCGAUGUACACGACACAAUUCACACACACGUACACUGCAUAGCGUGGCUAAGGUAUUUUUAACGAUGGAUGUAUCCUACCCACUUCCCCUACUUAGCGCUAGCGACCAUUUCCUCGAGAUUUGAUGUCGCGUCGCAUAUGAUUUGUUGUUCAAAAGGAAGAGAGAGAAAGAGAGAGAGAGAGAGAGAGAGAGAGAGAGAGAGAGAGAAAGUGAGUGAGAGAGAAAGAGAGAGAGAGAGAAUUAUCAUGGGAAUGAUCAAUAAAAAUACAAUAAAUAAAGAUCUAUCGUCGUUUCAUUUUCUGCAACUAGAAUGAAUCGAACAGAAGGAAAUGUCGAGAGAUCUAAUUAAUACCAAUCUGUUUAAAUUAUAAUUGAAAAUGAAAGAAAGUGUGAAAAUGUGGAAAAUGUGUGUGUGGGGGAGAAAGAGAAAGUGAGAUAGACAGAGAAUAAACUCCAUUAUCGAUAAUAAUACGUAUACAUGAGAUAUUAUUGCAUAUUUGUGCUUGCUGGAUAUGAAUAACGGAACGUUAACUAUGUUUCUUCGCCGAGUACUAAGUGUGUAUAUCUAAAUUUAAUGCUCGACAGCAUCGAUCGAUUUUAUGUUGUACACUGAACGCCAUAUAGGUACAUCUAUGUAAAAAUAUUAUUUAGCACCAAUUUCCGCUAAAAUCCUCAUCUUUUAAACAAUUGCCCAAUUAGCAACUCACUGCUCCACAUGUAUAGCGUCCGAGCCCCAUCCUUUUUAUCCCCACUCCGUCCUUUCUUAAGUGUCACGAUUCUUUGUUCCGUUCUAUCUAAAUCUUUUCCGCAGUUCUUUUUCUCGAUCUCUUCAUUUUGCAAUUUAUCCCAGUUUCUUCGAACAUUUAUCAUCAAAUAUUUUAUGAAUAUGGCUUUAGACUGCGCCGUUCUUAAAAUGGAUAGAUAGGACAUUAUCGUCUGAAUAAAUGAGAAAACAAUUAAAAAAAACAUUUUAAAAAAAAAUUUCCUUACACGCUGAAUGUAUAAACAAAGACAAAAAAAUACAAAAUAUAUAAAUAUAUAAAAUAAAGAGAAAGAGAAAAAAGAAAAAAGAGAUUAUAUAGGAAAGCUUCGUAACGUAUUUUUGACUCGAGCAAGUAUUUAGAGCUGAAUUGAACACCAAAAAUUCUUCAAACUCUGUGGUCCAAACGAGCUCUCGUGUCUUAAUGAGAUUAAAAUUUAUUAUUAAUAUCUUCUUUUAAUUCUCUUUUUUUUAUGCGUGUAAUUUUUUAAAUAUGUUAAAAAAAUAUUUUUGCGCGUUCGAUAUUGUACAUAACCUAUAAUUACCGUUUCUUAUCCUUCCGUCAAUUUUCUUUCGACUGGCGGAAGAAUGAAUUAUAUUCACGCGAUAAUGGACCCUGAGAUAAUUGGUGAUCGAACUACAGCUUCUAUUUUGUGGACUUUUAAAAAUUCCACAUUUUGAUCCUUACCCCUACCCUUCCGAUUCUCUCCGCCCCAAUUCAUUCGUAUAAUCUAUAUAUACCGUGUAUAAUCGUUGAAUCGGCAAUGGCGUUCAAAAAAUUAACUAUUUUUCAAAGUGACUGAAGAAGUAGAAGUAUCGAGUGUCAAAUUAUUAGAAUCAGGAUCAGGUCGACGCAAGUUGAUCGGCGGAUUCAAAAGGCGGAUUCAACGUGCAGGGUCGCGAGAACUCAAUUAAACUGUUCGAGUAUCUGAUUAGUAUCAAAAAAGCAAAAAAGAAAAAAAAAAGAAAUAUGGAAUGAAAUGAAAAAAAAAAAAAACAAGUGAACAGAUUCGCUCUCUUAACUUCCGUGAAGUUUCGUCUCGUUUCACUAAAAACUUUCUAUAAAAGAAAAAAAAAAAAGAGAAAUGAAUAUGUACUCCAAAGUGUUCGACCGAGGAGUUAACGCGCGAGCAUAUUUAUAAAUACGAGUAUAAAUAUAAAUAUAUAAAUAUACAUAUAAAAAUAUAUAUAUAUAUAUAAAUAUAAAUACUUCUGGAAUUAACGGGGUAGAAAAAGCUCGAACGAAAUAUGAUCGUCAUUAUUAUUAUUAUUAUCGCAUUAAUUAUCACUACGGAGCAAAGACACAGAUUGUAUGGGAAAUGAUCGCAAAAUGUCUUUAUCAAAUAGUUAUGGCCGAGCUAGCUGAAUCCGUCGGACCACAUGAGGUGUACUCGAUUCUCACAAAGUGAACUUCGUCCUUGGAUUAUACUAAAAAUGACGAAGUUGAGAUUAGGAAGAGUACAGAAAUUUGAGUAUAUGAAAUGAUCUAUUGAGAGAGAGAGAGAGAGAGGGAGAGAGAGAGAGAGAGAGAGAGGGAGAGAGAGAGAGAAAUGAAAGAAAAAUUGGAGAGAAUGUAUGCAUGAAAGAAACGUAUGUGAGAAAGAUGAGAAGAAUGAAUGCGCAAUCAGUCAUGCUACAGCUACUACGACCACUACCCUAAGUAGAUUAUGCUACUUCGCCGCUGAUCUAAUUGUUUACUGUCACGUGUUGCUGUAAACCUAAACUAACGAUACGAUAUAUUUUAUUUAUAUAAUCUAAUCGACUGUAUUUAUUGUAAAUAGUCACGAUGUUUGCUAUGAUAUAAUAUAUCUGUAAUUGGAUGGAACUUGCCUGGAAACUGCGCCCACAGCCCUGUCCUCUGAUCAAUGUCUCUCUAUACACGUACACACACACACAUACCCAACACACAUCAGACUGGUGCAUGUGUCUCAACACAUGUACACGUAACACGUAUGCGGAUACAGAAGUAUGUAAGUAGGUAUUAUAUGUAUAUGUAUACAGUAAUACCUGGUUAAACGUCCGUCAAUCGAAUUCACGAGGAAUGAAAUCUAUAUCAAUUUAUUAAAAUUUAUUCCAGAGUUUAUAUAAAAAAAUUACGAAUUUCAAAAGAAAUUUCAAAUAAUAUGAAAUAAAUAAUUACUUAAUUAUAUGAGUAAUAUAAGAUAGAGUUUAUUUUAAUUAUAUAACUUUAAAUAUAUUGAAAUACCUACUUAUAAGACAAAUAAUGAUGAUAUUGAAUUUUUACAUUCUUCAAUUUUAUUUUUCAUUGCUUAGCCCAAAGAAAUAAGUAUUAAGCUGAAGAAUUUAGAUUUGAUGGUGAGUCCGUCGAUAAUCUGGGAAACAUAUUAAAUUAUUACUUUUUGCAAUUUAUUAUAAUUAAUAAAAAAGAUAAAGAAUAUAAUUUCUAUGAAAAAAAGUGGACACUUAUCCAGGGAUUACUGUACAUGGUUAUGAUAAGAGAUAAUUCGUGGGUUAAAAAAAAUAAGAGAUGCAAAGCACACGUGCUGCUCGCGUAGCCCAGUAACGAUGGGAGAGAUAAAGACAAAAGAUAUACUCUGUAUCGCGUUCGACGAAUUAUUACGAUGUCAAUAUUUCGCGUCGCAUAAUAUAACGGCGAGAUUAUUCUCGUUAUAACUUUGCCUACUAUUAUUAAUAUUAUGAUCAAUUUCGGUAAAUUCGGCGUGCAAUAAAAAGUCCAUUUUCGAGGAUGAAAGCGAACGAUGGUCAGACAAUUUUUAUAAACGUAUUAUAUUCAUCCGUAUCGCGCGAUGAAAAAAAAUUUUUCAACGACUGCCAUCUCGAACUGCCAUCCAUCGAUCGAUGGUUCCAUUUAUUAGAGAGAGACAAGAAAAAAAAAUUUUUUCGAAACAAUUCCGUUGUCGUACACGUGUGUCGCGAAAACCCAACCAGCAUGUCCAGUAACAAUUACAAUAUUACUAUCAUAAGUACAAUAUAUUAAGUGUUUUCAGAAAAUAUAUGAUCUAUAUAUGAUAAUAAAAGCGGGAAAACGUUU